UCCAAUAUCGUCCAGUCCAAUAUCGUCCAGUCCAAUAUCGUCCAGUCCAAUAUCGUCCAGUCCAAUAUCGUCCAGUCCAAUAUCGUCCAGUCCAAUAUCGUCCAGUCCAAUAUCGUCCAGUCCAAUAUCGUCCAGUCCAAUAUCGUCCAGUCCAAUAUCGUCCAGUCCAAUAUCGUCCAGUCCAAUAUCGUCCAGUCCAAUAUCGUCCAGUCCAAUAUCGUCCAGUCCAAUAUCGUCCAGUCCAAUAUCGUCCAGUCCAAUAUCGUCCAGUCCAAUAUCGUCCAGUCCAAUAUCGUCCAGUCCAAUAUCGUCCAGUCCAAUAUCGUCCAGUCCAAUAUCGUCCAGUCCAAUAUCGUCCAGUCCAAUAUCGUCCAGUCCAAUAUCGUCCAGUCCAAUAUCGUCCAGUCCAAUAUCGUCCAGUCCAAUAUCGUCCAGUCCAAUAUCGUCCAGUCCAAUAUCGUCCAGUCCAAUAUCGUCCAGUCCAAUAUCGUCCAGUCCAAUAUCGUCCAGUCCAAUAUCGUCCAGUCCAAUAUCGUCCAGUCCAAUCCAAUAUCGUCCAAUCCAAUAUCGCCCAGUCCAAUAUCAUCCAAUCCCGUCCAGUCCAAUCCAAUAUCGUCCAGUCCAAUAUCGUCCAAUCCAAUAUCGUCCAGUCCAAUCCAAUAUCGCCCAGUCCAAUAUCAUCCAAUCCAAUAUCGUCGAAUCCAAUAUCGUCCAAUCCAAUCCGAUACAGACCAAUCAAAUCCGAUAUAG